CACAAAUGAAAACAAAUUGUCGGUUUAGAUGUCGGUUUAGAUUAUUCGAUAGAUGCUGUGGAUAAAUUGUUAAAAUUUUGUUAAAUUGAUAAACAAAAGUGUGAUAAAUUAAAGGAUGAUAACUGAUAAUGAUUUGUAUUUCAUAUCGAUUUAGAGUAUUGGUAGAGCAGACGUCACACGGAGGAUUUCCUAGCUGCACCAAUGGAUGAUCAUGAUGCUGAAGAGAAUGGCAUUUCAAAUAAUCUGCCACCAGAAGCCAAUGGCACAGGGGCUCUGGAAACACCCCAACCUCCAGGAGCUGAUGCAGCAGAAAAAGACUUCAAGAAGGAGCCGCUGUGCACAGUGAUGGAGAUCUCUGUGUCCGAGUCAGAGCGGCGCUACAACGGCUCGAUGAAUCUGACCGAGUACUACACGGCCUACCUGAUCGAGACGCGCGUCACCGAGCCGACGUUCGGCGGCGCGCUGAGCCGCCAGGGCGCGCUGUGGCGGCGCUACAGCGAGUUCGAGACGCUGGCCGGCUACCUGGGCGAGGCCUACCCGUACGUGGUGACGCCGCCGCUGCCCGAGAAGCGCGCCUCGCACGUCUGGCAGAAGCUAGCCACGGACCCGUUCGACUCCGAGUUCAUAGACCGGCGCCGUGUUGGACUGGAGAGCUUCUUGCUGCGUGUAGCUUCACAUCCGAUCCUGUCUUGGGACUCGAUUUUUCUACGUUUCAUCCAGGAUGAAAGGGACUGGAAGGAAAUCGUCACUGGCACAGGCUACCUGGAAAAGGUGGAGCGCCAGCUGAAGUCGCUGAACGCAACCAUUCGCGUCAAGAAGGGCGACAGCCGGUUCGACGAGCUGCUCACUUACGGACGGGAGCUGGAGACCCACCUAUCGAGCGUGCUGCGCUCGCGCGCGCGUCUGACGGACGCCACGUACGCGGUGCGCCGUCAGCACGCCAGCUACGGACGCGUGCUCAGCCAGUGGUCGGCCGUGGAGACCCAGAUGGGCGACGGGCUGCAGCGGGCCGGCCACUACAUGGACGCGCACGCCGCCAGCAUUGACACCUUCGUCGAGGAGGAGGAGGUGUACAUUGACCAGCUGAAGGAGUACAUGUACUACGCAGCGGCGCUGCAAGCCGUCUGCCACAAGUACACGAUGCGGCAGUACCAGCUGGAACGGCUGGACGAUACGCUCUCGCAGCUGUCGCAGCGCCGGGAGAACGCACUGCAGGGUAAGCCCAGUCUGAUGUGGCGGCUGCUGGGCAGUGUUGAUACGGACGAGGUGCGUGAGAUGAAGGUGGCGGACAUCGACCAGCAGGUGACCGACACCGAGCAGCAGAUCCGGCAGCACACUGAGCAGCUCAGUGAGUUUGUGGAGAAGGCUCUGGAGGACGUCCAGCGGUUUCAUUCCCGAAAAGUUAAAGAUCUCCGAGAGACUAUUGUCAACUACAUGAAGCUGCAGAUUCGUAUCUGCAAAAAGGGUCUGCAGACGUGGCGACACUUCCGCGACUGCGUGGACAGCCUGGAGGGCCAGCCGCCGCCCGUGCCGCCGCCGCAGGAGAUCGGGUCGCCCUAGACACUCCCGUGACCCGCUGCUUUUGGAGGACCUGCUGGUCGGCAUCGCUGGCCUGCAGUUUGACAAUGGAUCACCAAGUCCCAAAUGGAUGCUGACGGAAAGGAUCGAUGCGUAGAGCAGCUCUGACGGCCGCGAAUGUGUUGGGUGCCGCUGCUGAGGUGCUUGAGGUGAGGGUGAAGCUUUGGAAGGAAUAUUUAUUUUUCGCUUAUACAUAUGCGUGUGUUUGUUUGUCAUAUGAGUUAUCGUACCAGCUACGAAUCUCUUAUGGAGAUUCGUCAAGCGCUGAAAGCUGUUGUGUGAUGUACUAUAGUUGUUAUUCUAUUUAAUCCACUUUGGUAAAAGUAUCGCUUUAUCGCAUUCCAGCGACCGACGUGAUUCAGGUGCUGCUCUCACCUGCUGGUUAUUGCUAAGAAUUAUGCCAAGCAUAUAUUUUCGUAUUUAUUUACGCCUCUCAUAAAUUUUCAUCAUGCCGGGCGCUACCCGAUCGUCCACGUGCCCUCCUCGUGCCAUUGCUGUGUCUCAGAGGCAGGGGACCGGCGCCGCGAUGUACGCGUCCCUGCUCGCUCGGCCAUCCCACACCCGUGCUGUGGCGGCUGGCCGGCUCACCUGCUCGUCAUGUAUACUGUUCCAUGUUAUGUUGCUGGCUUCAGACAAUAUAUGUACGGUUAUCGGU